UCUCUCUCUCUCUUUCUUAGAUUAUCCUGCUCACCAGAUGUCUUGACAAUUUUUCUUGCAACAUUGGCCAUUGGUUUUCACUGCCUUCAAAAGAUCAAAAUUACUCCAGAAAUUGGAGAGUUUGAUUUAAAAGAAAAAACUUGAACAAAUGGACAAUAUGUCUAUAACAAAUACACCAACAAGUAAUGAUGCCUGUCUGAGCAUUGUACAUAGCUUGAUGUGUCAUAGACAAGGUGGAGAAAGUGAAACCUUUGCAAAAAGAGCAAUUGAGAGUUUGGUGAAGAAGCUGAAAGAGAAAAAAGAUGAAUUGGAUUCUUUAAUAACAGCUAUAACUACAAAUGGAGCUCAUCCUAGCAAAUGUGUCACUAUACAGAGAACACUGGACGGACGACUUCAGGUGGCUGGUCGAAAAGGAUUUCCUCAUGUGAUCUAUGCUCGUCUGUGGAGGUGGCCUGAUCUACACAAGAAUGAACUAAAACAUGUUAAAUAUUGUCAGUAUGCAUUUGACUUAAAAUGUGAUAGUGUCUGUGUGAAUCCAUAUCACUAUGAGCGGGUUGUUUCACCUGGAAUUGACCUCUCAGGAUUAACACUGCAGAGUAAUGCUCCACCACCAAGUAUGUUAGUGAAGGAUGAAUAUGUUCAUGACUUUGAAGGACAGCCAUCCUUACCCACUGAAGGACAUUCAAUCCAAACCAUCCAACAUCCACCAAGUAAUCGUGCAUCAACAGAGACAUACAGUGCUCCAGCUCUGUUAGCCCCAUCAGAGUCUAACGCCACGAGCACCACCAACUUCCCCAACAUUCCUGUGGCUUCCACAAGUCAGCCGGCCAGUAUUCUGGCAGGCAGCCAUAGUGAAGGACUGUUGCAGAUAGCUUCAGGGCCUCAGCCAGGACAGCAGCAGAAUGGAUUUACUGGUCAGCCAGCUACUUACCAUCAUAACAGCACUACCACCUGGACUGGAAGUAGGACUGCACCAUACACACCUAAUUUGCCUCACCACCAAAACGGCCAUCUUCAGCAUCACCCGCCUAUGCCGCCCCAUCCUGGACAUUACUGGCCAGUUCACAAUGAGCUUGCAUUCCAGCCUCCCAUUUCCAAUCAUCCUGCUCCUGAGUAUUGGUGUUCCAUUGCUUACUUUGAAAUGGAUGUCCAGGUAGGAGAGACAUUUAAGGUUCCUUCAAGCUGCCCUAUUGUAACUGUGGAUGGAUAUGUGGAUCCUUCUGGAGGAGAUCGCUUUUGCUUGGGUCAGCUCUCCAAUGUCCACAGGACAGAAGCUAUUGAGAGAGCAAGGUUGCACAUAGGCAAAGGUGUGCAGUUGGAGUGUAAAGGCGAAGGCGACGUUUGGGUCAGGUGCCUUAGUGACCACGCGGUCUUUGUGCAGAGUUACUACCUGGACAGAGAAGCUGGCCGAGCACCUGGCGAUGCUGUUCAUAAGAUCUACCCAAGUGCAUAUAUAAAGGUAUUUGAUUUGCGGCAGUGUCACCGGCAGAUGCAGCAACAGGCGGCCACUGCGCAAGCUGCAGCUGCUGCCCAGGCAGCAGCUGUGGCAGGAAACAUCCCUGGUCCUGGGUCUGUAGGUGGAAUAGCCCCAGCAAUUAGUCUGUCUGCUGCUGCUGGCAUUGGUGUAGAUGACCUCCGGCGCUUGUGCAUACUCAGGAUGAGCUUUGUGAAGGGCUGGGGCCCAGAUUACCCGAGACAGAGCAUCAAAGAAACCCCAUGCUGGAUUGAGAUUCACCUCCACAGAGCUCUGCAGCUUCUGGACGAAGUCCUGCACACCAUGCCCAUCGCGGACCCACAGCCUUUAGACUGAGAUCUCACUCCACAGACGCCCUAACCAUUUCCAGGAUGGUGGACUAUGAAAUAUAUUCGUGUUUAUAAUCUGAAGAUCUAUUGCAUUUUUUGUUCUGCUUUGUCUUUUCAUAAAGGGUUGAAAGAUGUGUUUGCUGCCUUGCUCUUAGCAGACAGAAACUGAAUUAAAACUUUUUUUCUAUUUUAGAACUUUCAGGCAUGGCUCAGAGCUUGAAGAUCAGGAAGAUCCAGUUCUUACUAAAUCUUCACUGGUUGUUAUGUAUGAAGGAGUCAUUCCAGUGCUGGGAGCUCAGCCUUUAAGUAUGUGAGCGCUCCUUACAUGCAGGACACGGGUGUGUGACUCUGCAGAAUAAAGUCAGGGUUGCUGAUUUUAAGGCUGAGAAGUUCUCAAAGUUAAGUCACCUGUUACUUAGUGGGCAAGUUAUUGUUGAACAUACUGUGCUCAAGUGGCAUGUGGGUGAGCCAGUUUUACCAAGAGCAACUUCACUCUCUUUUAAAAACCUUUUAUCAACCUUUUAUUCAGAAUGUUUUUUUGCAAGUUAAACAGUGAAGGUGAAUUAAAUUCAUACUGUCUUGCAGACUUCAGGGUUUUUCCCCCAAGACAAAACACUAAUCUGUGUGCAUAUUGACAAUUCCUUACAAUUAUCAGUCAAAGAAAUGCUGUUUAAGGUUACAAUUUUUAUCCCUAAUGGAUGACCAUUAUCAAGGUGUAUACUUGGCCCUGUUAAACAGUAAAUGAAUUCUUCUAUAUUUCUAGGCACAAGGUUGGUUAUUAAAAAAAUAAAAUAAAGCCUAGGGGAGGAAUUUUUUUCCCUUAAUUCAUAGGGAGAAGGUUUUGUAUUUAUAAAACACUAAAGCAGUGUUGCUCUGCCUGAUGCUUCACUGUUCUGCAAGGUGGCAGUGCUUCAACUAAAAUAAUGAAUAGUUUGGAAACUGCUAAAUUCUAUGUUAAAUACUGUGCAGAAUAAUGGAAACAGUGCAGUCGGUAACAGGUAGUUUGGAUAUUUUUGUACUUGAUUUGAUGUGUGACAUUUUUUCAUAUACUGUUUAAAUCAUGUAUGUUUUGACAUUGUUUAAAAUUCAGUUUUUGUAUCUUGGGGCAAGACCGCAAACUUUUUUAUACCUUUUGGUUAUUCUAAGCCCUUUGUUUGCCAUCAUUGAUCUCUCGGCGGUGACUUUGUAUAGAGAUUGGAGUAGAAUUGAGACGCGUUGACUGUACCACAGACACAAUAUGUAUACUUUUUACCUAGUUACUAGCGUAAAUAAAACUGAGUCAAUAUAUGAAGUUGAAUUCUAGGUUUGGUUUUUAAAAUGCUUUCCUUUUGCACUUUUGAGUCCAAUCUCAGUGGCAAGACACCUACUAAAUGACAGGUGACAGCCGGUUGUAUUGUGCAGCUCUGGUUUCCCUCCACACUCUACCAGGACUUUCCUGUGUACAUUAUGGAUCAUGUGUAGAGUUGGGUAGCUUUUGAACUUUUAUUUUACUGUAGCCAAAAAAAAAAAAAAAAUAGUCUUGGAUAAAUAGUGUGAAUAAAAUCAACAUCAUCAUUGAGAUGUUUUUACUCUUUUGAGAGUUUUCUGUGAAUUUUAAAUUGCAGUAGGCAUUUGAGCUCUGGAAACACUGUGCAUAGCAGUUUUCUCUGUGACAACAGAAAUGACCAUGCCCUGCAGCCUACUUCAGAAGUUUCGGAGGCUCCUAGAAACCAGAGCGCUGCUGUGACUGUACAUCUCAGUCCAACGAACACAUCUUGUUUUGUAAAAAGCUUCUUCACCAGUUUCUACUCUUAUGUACUUAUAAAUACUUUUGUUACAGACCUAAUUUUAUUUGUAUAAGUUUGGUGAUUUCUUUUUAAAAUGUUGUAUUGACAGAAUUAUAAAAAGAUACCUUCUUUAGAAAUGUUUGUCUUUAGACCCAUUUCACUAUGAUUGGGGAAUAGGAGUGAGAAGAGUAAGUUUUAGUGUAACAAGUUUUUAAAGUCCAGGUUAUCUGACCAUGCAAUGCUGUAACUUGAUGCUUCCUUUUGUACUUUAUGGAAAGUUUCCCAUAUUUAAUCAUCUUCAUAAACUAUGUGGGAAAUAUUUGCUAAGAAGUAUCUCUUCAGAGCCAAGCCACCUGUCUUGGUUUUCUUACUAAGAGCCAUAGAAAUUAUUUCUAGUUAUUGAUGAAGUUUGUAAUUCGCCUGUCCUAUGCUUUUAAGGAGUCUAGAAUUCCUAACAGCUCAGUUAAACUGUUUCAUUUUGUUCCUUAUACAUUGCUAUCUUUGAAUAAGACUUUAAAAAAAAAAACUUUCCUAAGUUUAAAAGGUUUGGGAUAAAAUAGUUUCCAUAGUUCUUAGAGUCUGAUUAUGAUGUGGGUAUGGUUCUGGGUGGGUGUUUUCUGAGUUGUAACUCAGAAGUCUCCCAAGAUUAAAUUUCAAUGGACACUGGGUGAGAAGUGAAUUAGGCCUACCCAGUUUGAACCCGUUCUACUCUUGUCUUGUGCCUUUCUGUGCAUGAUUAAAGAGAAUCCGUAAUGACAUUGCC